UUAGCAGAGGACUCAUUGUUUCGUACUUCUCAUCUCCAUAAUAUCUCUCUCCCGAAAACGUCUGCUCCACCACCACUCCACCAUUACCACCACCAUCUCCUCCUCCUCCACCCGAUCCCCCGCCAUCGUCGACCUCCCCCGAUCUGCGAAGAUGAACGACGCCGACGUCUCCAAGCAGAUCCAUCAGAUGGUGGCGUUCAUUCGCCAGGAGGCCGAGGAGAAGGCCAACGAGAUCUCCGUCUCCGCCGAAGAGGAAUUUAAUAUUGAGAAAUUGCAACUGGUUGAAGCUGAAAAGAAGAAGAUCAGGCAAGAGUAUGAACGGAAGGAGAAGCAAGUUGAAAUUAGAAAGAAAAUUGAGUACUCGAUGCAGCUCAAUGCUUCUCGAAUCAAAGUUCUUCAAGCUCAGGAUGACUUAGUAAACUCCAUGAGGGAAGCUGCUGGGAAGGAGCUCCUGCAUGUCAGCGGCCAUCACCUUUCUUACAAGAACCUUCUCAAAGAACUGAUUGUUCAGAGCUUGCUUCGAUUGAAAGAGCCAUCAGUUCUAUUACGUUGUAGGAAGGAUGAUGGUCCUCUUGUGGAGUCAGUUUUGGAAUCAGCAAAGAAUGAAUAUGCAGAGAAAGCAAAUGUAUAUCCUCCUGAUAUUUCGGUAGAUGAUGUCUAUCUUCCACCUGCUCCUCGUCAUUAUGAUGCACAUGAACUCUUUUGCUCUGGUGGAGUUGUGUUGGCUUCAAAAGAUGGAAAGAUUGUAUUUGAGAACACGCUUGAUGCCCGGCUGGAUGUGGUUUUCCGCAAGAAGCUCCCAGAGAUCCGUCGAAGGCUCUUUGGCCAGGUCAGUGCCUGAUCUGCGACACAAAUUGCAGUAUAAUACAACCGAGAACUAAGUUUCCCAUUAAAAGUACUUCAAUCAUUUCCAGCAUUUUACUAUCCUGUAUUAUGGGCAUUACUUAUUUAUUCACUCUUUAUGUAUGUCUGGUGGUUUUAUUUUUGUUGUGAGAUUUCUAUUCUGGGAAAUAAGUCGCCUGCUUGUUUAAUACCUUACGGUAUACUGUGCGAAAUAAUUUGGCUAUUUUAAUUGACUAGAUUGUGUUUUGAUAGGGUU